AUGCAGUACUCGCUCAACAACUACCCUCUUCCGGGCCCGCUCUCGCCCGUCUACAACCAGGCGCUCGUCAAGCUCUCACGCUCGGACGAGACCACCACGGGCGGCCUAUUCCUGGCCGCGGAGGAGAAGGAGAAGCCUCGCGAGGGCGUCGUGGUGGAGGCUGGCCCUGGCCGCGUCCAUCCUGAUACUGGCGCGACGCUCCCCACCGCGGUGAAGAGCGGCGACUUGGUGCUAUUGGGCGAGUUUGCCGGC